CAAAAUGCUGUGUAUAAAUAGUGUCGUAAGGUCUGGUUUCAAAACAGAAUCAAAUUUGGAUUAAUCUCAUAGACACGCAUCGUCAGGGAGCAUCUUUUAAUAUGAAAUUCUUUGUUAUUGCCUUUGCUGUGAUCGCAGCUGCUGCGGCUACAUCUAUCUCUUCGGAGUACCUGCCACCUGUCGACAAUAACCUCGAAGUCGUCGCUGAGCCCAUCGACCUACCCGUCGAUCAGGGAGUGCUAACUGAUGAUGGCUACCGUUACAAGACCGUCCGCCGCCUGAAGCUCCGUCAUCGUCGUGAUGUCAACGAGCUGCCCUCCGCCGAGUACCUGCCCCCUGUUGCUGAGGUUGCCCAGGACAUCAGCUUUGCUGCUCCCAUCGAAUCCGCUCCUCUGGCUGAUGAUGGCUACCGUUACAAGACCGUCCGUCGUCUGAAGCUCCGUCACCGUCGUGAUGUCAACGAGCUGCCCUCCGCCGAGUACCUGCCCCCUGUUGCUGAGGUUGCCCAGGACAUCAGCAUUGCUGCUCCCAUCGAGUCCGCUCCUCUGGCUGAUGAUGGCUACCGUUACAAGACCGUCCGCCGCCUGAAGCUCCGUCAUCGUCGUGAUGUCAACGAGCUGCCCUCUGCUGAGUACCUGCCCCCUGUUGCUGAGGUUGCCCAGGACAUCAGCUUUGCUGCUCCCAUCGAAUCCGCUCCUCUCGCUGAUGAUGGCUACCGUUACAAGACCGUCCGCCGUCUGAAGCUCCGUCACCGUCGUGAUGUCAGCGAGCUGCCCUCCGCCGAGUACCUGCCCCCUGUUGCUGAGGUUGCCCAGGACAUCAGCUUUGCUGCUCCCAUCGAAUCCGCUCCUCUGGCUGAUGAUGGCUACCGUUACAAGACCGUCCGCCGUCUGAAGCUCCGUCAUCGUCGUGAUGUCAACGAGCUGCCUUCCGCCGAGUACCUGCCCCCUGUUGCUGAGGUUGCCCAGGACAUCAGCUUUGCUGCUCCCAUCGAAUCCGCUCCUCUGGCUGAUGAUGGCUACCGUUACAAGACCGUCCGCCGUCUGAAGCUCCGUCAUCGUCGUGAUGUCAACGAGCUGCCUUCCGCCGAGUACCUGCCCCCUGUUGCUGAGGUUGCCCAGGACAUCAGCAUUGCUGCUCCCAUCGAAUCCGCUCCUCUGGCUGAUGAUGGCUACCGUUACAAGACCGUCCGUCGCCUGAAGUACCGCAAGCGUCGUGAUGUUUCCGAGAUUGUCAACGAAUACCUGCCCCCUGUUGAGCAGGCCGUGAUCGAUGUUCCCGCCGAGACUCCCAUCCUUGCCGAUGAUGGUUACCGCUACAAGACUGUCCGUCGUCUUAAGCUCCGUCGCCACUAAAGAUACCCUCCCAAUGAAAUACAGGAACUGAGGUUGCCAACAAAAAAACAGGCUAUGACAAUCUCAAACGAAGUUAACA